CACAUAGCCAUCUUCCAUAAUCAACACCCGUUGCUGCAAUUCCACGAGCUGCCCCAAACACUGUAGCAAAUUGAUCUGCUGAACACUGUGACACGACGCCUUGCUCAAAGCUUCGCGGGGCAUGGGAUACAGCUGUAGCCAGAACAUCUAAUAACGCUUGGCUACUCUGGAUUCGCUCUGUCUGAAGGGGCGCAGCGCAUCCAUUUCUGUUUAGGUCGCGCUUCCUAAAGACCCAGCAACCAUGUUGCCCAAGGAUCCGGCCGCUCAGGCCAAGGUUCUCCGGGAGGUCAUCCGCUCCUACACCUAUGUCCUUAUGUGGAUGGGCGUCUCCAUCGCUGUAAUUCUCUUCAACAAGUGGCUCCUAGCGUACUCGGGCUUCCCGUUCCCCAUCGCCCUGACGCUAUGGCACAUGUUCUUCUGCUCGACGGUCGGGUUCAUUUGCGUCCGCGUUCUCAAGCUUGUCAAGUCGCACAACAUGACUCCGCGCGAGUACUACACGCGUGUGAUGCCAAUUGGCCUGCUGUACGCCGGCAGCCUGUGGCUGUCCAACUCGGCCUACCUCUACCUGUCCGUCUCCUUCAUCCAGAUGACCAAGUCGCUCAUGCCCGGCCUGGUGUACGCGUCGGGCGUGAUGCUGGGCACGGAGAAGUACUCGCGGGGCGUGACGCUUAACAUGCUUCUGAUCGCCUUCGGCGUGGUGAUUUGCGCUAUCGGCGAGAUGAACCUGGUCUUCCGGGGUGUCGUCCAGCAGCUGACCGCCCUGGGCUUCGAGGCCAUGCGCCUGACGAUGGUGCAGGUGCUGAUCAACAGCAAGGGCUACAACAUGAACCCCAUCCAGUCGCUCUACUACGUCUCGCCCGCCUGCCUGAUCUGCCUGCUUGUGCCCUUCCUGAGCGUUGAGCUGAACAAGCUGCGCACCACGCACGACUGGACCUUCAACCCCAGCGUCAUGCUUGCCAACGCGCUGACGGCGUUCAUUCUCAACCUGGCUGUGUUCCUGCUGAUCGGCAAGACCUCGGCUCUGACCAUGAACAUUGCGGGUGUGAUCAAGGACUGGAUGCUCAUCUUCUUCUCCUUCUACCUCUUCAAGGCGCCCGUCACCACCAUCAACCUGCUGGGUUACGCCUUCUGCUGCAGUGGUGUGGUGGUGUACAACCACAUGAAGCUGCAGAUGAUUAAGAACAAGGUGGCGGCCACUGGCGGCGGCAAGGGCGACGAGGAGAAACCCAAGGACAGCGAGCGGUCUAAGGAGGACAUCCUGUCGGAGAUUCGUCGCCUGCAGUCGCAGAUGGCGGAGCUGGAGGACCGCGUCAGCAACAGCGCCAAGGUGAUGAACGGCGCCGGCGGCAUGGGCGCCAUGGCCGGCGGCGGCCCCGUGGGCGGCGUCAACGUGGGACUGACAAGCCCCACCGAGCGCACCACCACCGAGGUGGUAAUUAGCGCGGCGGCCGUGGCCAGCAACGCCGGCGGCAGCAGCGAGCCCACGGAGAAGGGCAACAAGGACAACUAGGCGGCGGCGAGCGCUGCAAAGACGAUGCGGGGUGGCUUGGCUCUCGCGCGACUGCACUAGUAUGCAGCUGCAAGAGUCAGCAUGCGGCGUCGACGUACGCGAGCCAGCUUGGCGGACACGAUCCACGGGCAUUUGGAACGUUGUGAUCUUCUCGGUAUAUAGGGUGGUAUCUUAUUAUGCGAUCGUGACCGCGAGCCGCGCUGUGAGAAGAUCGUGAUUAGGGUCCUUGGGUGUAUGGGAUGCGCGUGAUUCGGACGUGGAUGGCGUUGGACUUUCUGGGCGCGGAGCUUGAGGACAGCUAAUUAUGCUAGGAAGGUGGAAGUAUCACCAGUGCGUUUUGGCCUCCAUGCCAUCGCAACCUUUAGGGGUUCUGUUUUUCGCUUGAGUAGAAUGUUGGCACUGGCGGAAAUCAGGAGUGACCUGUUUUGGUGGCGUGAGUACUGACUGACUGACUGGCGGCCGCAAGCACCCGGUGCAGACUGGCAGGUGCAUGAUGCACGUCUAUGCGCCAUUAGUAAGACACUGCGGGUUUAGGCACGGGCUUUGGGUUAGGCUCGCCCGUGAACGGCGCACAGUAGCAACAAGCAAUAGGCGGCAUCAUGCGGCGGGAUGGCGCAUGGUCAGAGCGCGCUGGCCGCAUGCAUUUCGGUUUUCGGUGGGCGCGCUUAGAGGUUGACAGCCCUGAACGGCUCUGGAAGGUUGCAACAAAAGCCGCCCCUGGCGCUUUCACCAUUUCAAGACCGCACAACCGUAGCUGUGGCCUGUGGCCACCACCUGCCAGGCUGCCACCACUGCACCCCCUCGCUGGCAUGCGGCUCAGCCUGGCUCAGCAACACAUAGCCUACAUACCCUCAUUAUCAUUGUAUAGCGGUAACUUCUAAGGACGCGUUUGUGUGGCCUCGCCUGGCCGGGCGCCAGGAGCGUGAAGAGCGCGUGUCAGCGAAUUACCAGCCUGUCCGCAAGGCAGCAAUGUCUCGGUAACAGUAACUCCUGCCCCUUGCCAUGUUCCAUCACGAGUAACUCC